AUGGUCGCUUAUCACUAUGAUUUUGUUAUUGUUGGAGGUGGUACUGCUGGUAACGUUGUUGCUGGACGUCUUGCUGAAAACCCCAACGUAUCUAUUUUGAUUGUCGAAGCCGGUUCUGAUGACUCUAUUAAUGACCCAGAAACUAUUACGCCAUCCAAUGCUAUGGAGCUUCGUAACACGAAGUACGAUUGGGCCUACAAGACGACAAUGGUGAAGCGCGAUGACUACGAACGUAUCGAGAAGCCAAACACUAGAGGUAAGGCUCUUGGUGGAAGUUCGUCUCUAAACUAUUUCACAUGGAUCCCUGGUUGUAAACCUACCUUCGAUAGGUGGGAAGAAUACGGUGGAAGUGAAUGGACUUGGGAUCCCCUAGUUCACUACCUCAGAAAGAGCGCCACCUAUCACGAUGACUAUGGCCUUUACAAUCCGGAACUUAAGAAAAUUGGUUUGGGUGGACCACUUCCAAUUUCUCAUGCCGAGCUUGUUCAGGAAUUGAAGCCAUUCCGUGAAAAUCUCAUUAAGGCUUGGAAGUCAGUUGGUCAGCCUAUGACAGACAAUAUUUACGACGGUGAAAUGAUUGGUCUUAAUCACUGUGUGGACUCCAUUUACCAUGGCAAAAGGUCAGGAAGUUUCCUAUUUGUUCACAACAAGCCAAACAUCACCAUUCUCCCACAUGUUCACUCCAAGAAAUUGAUCAUUGAUAAGGCCGAUCGUGUUGCCAAAGGUAUUACUGUUAUUGACCCUUCUGGUACCGAACACAACUUUUAUGCCAACUGUGAAGUUAUAGUAGCACAAGGGGUUUUUGAAAGCCCUAAACUUUUGAUGCUCUCCGGCAUUGGGCCAAAGGACGAAUUGAAUAGGCACGGGAUUGAAACCAUUAUCGACUCUCCUCACGUAGGCCAACAUUUGCUUGACCAUCCAGGCGUCCCCUUUGUCUUACGUGUCAAGGACGGUAUAUGUGUGGAUGAUAUUCUUUUGCGCCUGGGCCCAAAGCACAACGCUGCCAUUCAAAAAUAUAAGAAAGGCAAAGGCACCAAAGAUCCAGGUCCAGUUGGCUCAGGUCUUCUUGAGUUGGUUGGAUUCCCACGAAUCGACAAAUAUUUGGAGAAAGAUCCUCAAUACGUAAAGGCCAAAGCCGCAAAUGGAGGAAAAGAUCCAUUUUCUCCAGAAGGACAACCCCAUUUUGAGCUCGAUUUCGUUGGUAUGUUUGGAAGCGCAUUCCAAUGGCACUAUCCAACUCCCAAGGAAGGGUCUUACAUCAGUGUAGUCGUUGACUUAGUUCGUCCCGUUUCUGAGCCGGGUGAAGUCAAGCUCAAUAGCAGCGACCCACUCGUUCAAGCAAAUAUUAAUUUGAACUUCUUCUCAAACGACCUUGAUAUUAUUGCCAUGCGUGAAGGUAUCAGGUUCAGUUACGAUGUUCUUAAACGCGGUGAAGACUUCAAAGAUCUUGUUGUUUCUGAAUUUCCAUGGGACAUGCCCCUUGACAAUGAGAAGGAAAUGAAAAGAGCCGUUUUGGAUCGUUGUCAAACCGCUUUUCACCCAUGUGGUACUUGUCGUCUUUCUAAGAAUAUCGGUCAAGGCGUUGUGGAUCCUCACCUUAAGGUUCAUGGUAUCAAGAACCUUCGUGUUAUUGACGCUUCUGUCAUUCCAGUUAUUCCCGAUUGCCGUAUCCAAAACUCUGUUUAUAUGAUUGGCGAGAAGGGUGCUGACUUAAUUAAGGCAGAUCAUAAACUUCUCUAUUCAGCUUGA